AUGGAAGUACUCGACUUUGCUGAAUCGCCAGGCGGUAUUGCAGAAGGACGAAAUCCUCCUCCAAACGAUAUGGCUAUGGAUGCUUGGCAUCCACUAGAAAAAGCACAGUAUCCACAUUAUUUUGAAAAGCGAAUGAAAAGAAAAAAAGCAUACAUGGAUUGGUAUCUGAAGAAAUAUGGUGUACCUGAGCCACCAAUGUUAUAA